CUAACACACGCAGUCGUCGCUCAACGGUUAUCGCUAAUCGCAGAGCCCCCAUCCCCCCUCUCCGGCACAAAAUGUCAACAAAAGAGGAAUUCAUAUUUCGACGCGCUGAGAUUGCGGACAUAAAGGCAGUGCGGGAAAUGAUCCAAGAACUGGCCGAUUUCGAGCGUUAUAGCAAUGGGCCGGAACUCAGUGAGGAGGAUCUGAUACGCGAUGCUGGUCUGACUGGUCAGCAAGAAUUAUGUCACAUAUAUGUGCUUAUUGAUAAUGCUACGCAGCAGGCUAUUGGUUAUGCCAUCUGCUUCAAUUCCUAUUCCACGUGGCAGGGACGCGCCUACUUUCUGGAGGAUCUCUAUGUGCGCCCGGCACAUCGUAAGCGUGGCGCCGGCGCCCGCAUAUUCCGAGAAGUAGCAGCAAUCGCUUUCAAACUUAAUUGCAAACGCUUGGAGUUUCAUGUUCUCUGCUGGAACCCAGCGAGGGAGUUCUACGAGCGUCUGGGUGCAAGCAACCUCACAGCCAUCGAAGACGCCUGGCAAUAUUAUCGCGUCGAUCAACAACAGUUGGCUAAGCUGGCGGGUGAACUGGCAUAGAAGCCAGUGUAUAUACUAUUUGUUGUCAAACAUUUGGUGAAUAAAUAAAUAGCUUUAACAAUCUCUAA